UUUUUUUCCCUCUCUCUCUCUGUCUCUGUCGUAUUCAUGUAUAAAUUCAAGCAUCGGCGAGAGAGAUUCUAUUAUCGGCGCAACUCCCAUUUUUCCCAAACAAAAAUCUCUCUAUGGGGAAUUCAGUUUCUUGUGCACCUUCAAUGGCUUCCAAUGGCGCCGCAAAGGUCUUAUCCUUAGACGGAAAAUUACAGAGUUUCACGAAGCCAGUGAAGGCCGCGGAACUAAUGAUCGAGCAUUCCGGCAAAUUUCUCUGCGAUUCCAGCGAUCUCAAAAUCGGCCACCGGAUUCAAGGCCUUUUACCGGACGAAGAUCUCGAAUGGCGGCGAUUGUACUUUCUACUUCCGAUGGAUCUUCUCUACUCUGUUCUAACACUCGAAGAAAUGAGUUCUCUGAGUUUCAUUGCUACAAAGGCUUUGAAACAUGGAAAUUCGAGUGGGUUUGGUAGGAUUUUUCCUGUUUUGAUCAGUGAACUUUGCAUUUCUCCGGCGGAUGUGGAUCAAUUGAAAUUGGAAGACGGUGAUCGAGAGAAUCAAAGUUCGAAGGCAGUGAAGAGAUUGAUGUCGAAACAGAGAUCGUGGAAGCCGGCGCUUGAAACUAUUGCUGAAACUUCGUGCACAUAGAGAGAAAGACGAUCGUGAAUUUGGAAUAAUCGGAAAUUUGUAUGAGCUUAACGAAUAAUUUGGUAGCAUUUUUGCUUCGAUAAUCGUAGUUCGUAGAGAUAGUGGAUAAAUAAACAGAGAUCCUGGAAAUUUUAUUUA